GAGCGUCCAUGCAAAUGGGGAUCGAAAUAGCUUUCAUAUGCAAAGAUAGUGCUAUAUGGAAGUAGUACUACACGUUAAGCAUUGCUGAACUUUUGAUAUCUUUAAUCUGUAAACGUAAGCUUGAUAUACAGAUCAUAAAUAAUAUCAGCUCAAAUACUCCUCUCUGAUAUCUAGCAAUUUUUCAUUGUCUGCCUGUGAAGGCCAAACAAGUCACACCUUUUGGCGCCGACCGCCUUGCGAGUUGUGCUUUUGCUGGGAUCAUGAUUCGCAAACUCGGAAAAGAAGUCAGCAGAGUCGGCUUUGGAGGCUUUCGAGUGAACAAUGCAGCUCAUGGCACAGCUCUCCGAAAGGCCAUCACCUCCGGAAUCAACCUGAUCGAUACAGCUGCCAAUUUCGAAAAAGGUGCUUCAGAAACCAUUAUUGGCAAUACUGUUCAAGACAUGAUAUCUAAAGGAGAGGUUUCUCGCGAUAGUCUUACAAUAGUAUCCAAAUCAGGAUAUCUCCUGGAAGACGACGUAGAGAAGUUGGAUGCAUCAAAGGAUUUCGUACAAGUACGCGACAAAAAUUAUCACUCAAUUUCACCGCGUGUGUUGGAAAUGCAGAUCUCACAGUCUCUUGAUCGAUUGCGUACGAACAAACUGGAUAUAUUCAUGAUCAAUGCACCAGAGAGGAUGCUGAUGGCGCAGAAAAGAGCGUAUUCUCCUGCUCAGCUGUACAAAGACAUAGAAGUCGCCUUUCAGCAUCUCGAUACAGAAGUCGCGAAAGGUCGCAUAAGUGGUUAUGGAAUAUGCUCCAACACGUUAGCGGAUCCACAAGCAGCCGAUCAUGUUUCCUUGCCGAAGAUUAUUGAAGCAUGCGCUAAACGAGACAAUUUGGUAGCCGUCGAGACUCCUUUCAACUUUUUUGAACGACAGGCAUUAGUGCAGCCACAUGGCAUCACCGUUGCCGAUGUAUGCGACAAGCAUCAGUUGUUUUUGAUGACCAAUCGACCCUUAACUGCAAUAUAUCAAGGUCAAAUUCGACCCUUUGUCAAUCAUACCUUUGGAGAUGGAACGGCUCAAGCUGAGCAUGCUGUGAUGGAGAAGAUGUCCAAGUCACUGGAAAUGCUUACCACUAUGGAAUCGGAUUUGAUGUCUGAAUUGCCAAUAGAACAAGAUGCUUUGGCGACCAAGUUCAUUUGGGCACAGGUCAUAUCAGAAAACCUUUCAAAGCUAUCUCAAAAUCAUUUUGCCGCAAAACACUUUUUAGAAAACACAGUGCUUAUCUCCCUGAAGAGGGAUGUCAAAGCUUUACUAGCCUAUGCUGAGACGUUGGAUGAACCCGAGGCUCUGCCAACGUUCCAGGAAUGGACAGCAGAAUACCAAAAGGUGACUGCUGAGCUGUGUGGCCAUCUCAUUGACUAUGCCUAUGUUGAUUGCUUGCGGAAAAACAAUGAUCUCGACAGAAUAUUGAGCGCUGUAUGCCCGCUUUUGAAUGAGCCAGAACACACCUACUCUUCAAUCUCAGUUAAAAUGCUACGUAUUGCUCUGGCGAAUGAACAAAUCGGCUCAGUGUUGACUGGUAUGAGACAGGAUAUCUAUGUGGAUGAUGCGCUGAAAGCUUUGGAAUGGCACAAGGAAUAUCCAUUACAUGAGACAGAUUUGGAGGACUUGUGGCGAGUGCCUUUUCAUUAAUAAAACGAUCAAGUUACAUAGUGGUUAAUAGAAGAUGUAACGAGACCUUGAUGCGAUACCAUUCAGAACUAA